CUCUGGAGUCUGGAGCUCAGGCCAGGAACCAAAAUAGCCUUUACACCUCUUCCCUAUGCCUUGUAUCUGUGUUUCAUAUGUUUGUGUAACAGAGGUAAUUUAGUGACCAUGCUAGUGUGAUGAUCAGUAACCUUACCUGAGACUUGAAGAGUUGCAAUGGCUCCCCUAGCAAAUGCCUAGGCUUUGGCUUAGUGGGCUAAUGCGUUCUCCCGGGAUUGAUCCCUGUUAGUCACACUUGCUCGUAUUCUGAACAUGACGAACGCCCAGCUUAAUUCCAGGUUAGAAAAGGAGAGGUGAGGAAGGAGAGCGACUUUGCUAGAGGCCAACCUAAGCUCUCUACCAGACAGGUCCUGCGUAACACAGGCCAGGUAAGCAUGUCAAAACGGACCUGUUUGCCUCUAAAAUGGCAUCAAAUGGAAUGCAUAUUGCUUUUUCCCCCCGAGUAUGAGAGCUGCUUUCAUCGAUUUUCUUUUUCACAAUCAAAACAUCUGUUCUUUUUGUACCUUCCAGCCACCGGUGGGCACGCCUUCCUUUCGCAUGUACUCCAGCAGUCAUCUGGAGAUCAGGCAAAGAGCUCUGAGGCUCUUCCAGCAGGCAGCCCGCAAGGUGGUGAUUCAAUGUCGUGUGAACAACAGACUGGUCUCGUUGAGGCAGCUGACUCAAAGCUUGAAGCGCCUGUCCACAGGAGUAAGAGCUGAGGAGGAGCCCUUUCAUCCCCCGAAGAUCUCACCAGACAACGUGAUUCCUUUCACAUUCCCCAUCUUCUCUCUUCCUAACCAGUCUGAUGAACUGGCUCCCAAUGCAUGGGGUGUCGUCCCUGUUAGGCCUAUUGAGGUCCUGGUCAGACGACACACUCCAUUCUUCAAUCUGAAGGUUCCCCAGCACCACAAGUUAAUGGGGUACCAGCCUGUUUCAGCCUUUGAGGCUGCAGCUAGCUACAUUCCCCCAACCCAGCCCGCUAUGCACUGGGGCACAAGUGAGCCAAGAGACUCACCACCAACACUGUGGGACGCUUACGAUGAACUGUGGCCCAGGGUGAUCCGUUCUCCCUCGGGGUGUGCAGUGGCCGAGCCAGAGGGCGAGCAGGAUGUGGAGCAGGAGGACGAGUGUCCCAGUCUGAGCGUCACGGCCCCCACCGCCCUGCUAAAGCCUCCACUACGCACAUCCCCUCAGAAUCUUUAACCCAGCCCCCGGUCUCCAUGCUUUCAAAGCUGACCCCCUCUACCUAGAGUGUGACCUGGAGUUCCACCUGUGUCCACAGCCCCGGUACACCAUCCCAAAGCCCUCUGUGUUUGGAAUGCACACCCCCAGCACUCAGAAUACAUUUUUAGACCGAACAGAUGUGAUCCGUGGCGUGAUGACCUGGAAGAAGUUCCCAUCGGCUGCCCUGGCCUCUCUGUCCAACAGUCCCACACUCACCAGUAGCUGGGCCCCGC